CAACCGUGUUUGGAAUUGGAACAACGAAAUUGGAAGACACUGGAUUUCUACAGGAAGCACCAGGAUGUAAUCACCCCUGCCGGAUUGACCUUUUAUCAGGCCGAUUGGGAUGACAGUGUCCAAGAAUUUUAUCACAAAAGUUUGCAAAUGAAGGCUCCAAUCUUCGAAUACGACUUUCCCCCGCCUUACAUUCGCCCUCAGGAAUGGUUCCCGAAAGGCAGACCCUUUAAUUUGUACUUGGAUAAGUACAGAGACCCGAAGGAUAUCAACAAGGACUUCCUCCUGAGGAAAUUAAAAGAGAUAAACCCCUUCAGAGAAACAAAACCUAAAUACAAAUAUCCAAAUGCUCAAGAAUUCACGAAUACGCCGUCGUGGCUGGUACUUGAGAAAAGAAAGGAACGCUUGGGCCGGGGACGUGUGAACGAAAUUAACUAAUUUAUUAGGAAAAAUGGAGGUGAUAAGGUAUCUUCUGGGGAUCAGAGUAUGGAUAAAGGACGAUUGGUGAAAAGAGGCUGAGGGAAAUGGUGCACCAGUACGUACGUCGUACAGAGAGUUGGAUUAUCUGGAGGUGUACGAGAGGCUUUCUUCCUGGAAUGAAUAGUUCCACUGUUAUCGACUUCCCCAGGACGAACAAAAGAAAGAGGAAAUAGUCAGCCCUUGAUCCAGCGAUUUGUCUAUUCCCUACUAAAGUCUCAUUGCGGAGGGUGUCUUAUGCCUUCCAGACCGGUCUAUUCUUUCCACUUUAUAUCACCCCGAAAAAACUAAAGUAGAACGAAAAAUAAAUUUCAUUCCAAAUGAAAAUCAAAUGAGAAUAUCUCACAUUUACCGCAGUGCAUUAAAUUUAAGGAUUCAGUCAUUAUUUAUCCAUAAAAAAUACCUUAAAGUGGUUUAAUUGAAAAAAAUAUAGAGAUUGUUAAUGUUUUGGUAUAUAUUUGUUAUAAAUUUGAAGAAUAUGUACAAUUGCCCGAUGUUAUGGAUUUUUCGGACGAUGUUUUGAUUUGGAUGUAAUUAAAUGUAAUUGGCGUAGUUCGAUUUAAAGGGAGAGGAUUUAGAAUGCGAAAGUGUGAAGUGUAAAGGGAUGGACAACAAUUGAGUCCUCGUAGUUUUUCCAGGAAUACUUGAAGAGAAAAUGUUUCUUUGGUCUUGAAGAGUCCAAUAAUAAGUACAUACCUCAUUUUUGUUUGGUUUGUAAAGUAAUUCCCAGUGGUAUUUACGAGGAUCUCUGUGCAUUUGAUGGACCCAGGGUUGAGGGGUUUUGAAAUGCCACGAGGGGUGGGAACCUCAAGUUGAAAUGAGAAUAAAAUGUGGGUGGGUGGGUGACAAGGGGGAAAAAGGGGGGCGGGAGAUGGCAAGGAGCUUUAAUUAAUCUCUGUGCAAAUACAAGGCCACGGAGUUAGUGAGGAUAGACGAUGAGGAUCACUCGAGGGUAAGAUAAAGAAGAUGCUGAAAGAAAAAUAGAAAGGUGAAAGGCUGGACGAGUGGAGCCCUCGAGUUGCGCACUUUUUUUUUUAUUUUCUUCUUUUGUGGAAAACAUGGUUUCUCUUUACUAAUAAUUCUGCCGGAACGGCGCAGUCGAUUUGACUCGAUAAAAAUCGAAUGA